CUCCGCGCCCGCAGCCCUGGGCACGGAGGCUCCUACGAGUCCAGCCCGCGCUGCGAGCCUCUCUCCGGGUCGUAAGGAAUAGUGAGGCUCCGAGGGCCAGAAACGCAGACAAAAAGCCGAAGCAGCCGCGACGGCCGCGCGAGCAGGGGGUGGCCGAGACGUCCCCGGCGCGGCUGGAGUUUAGCGCUAGCGUUUUAAGAUUGAGCCCCGCGCAGCCUUCGAGCGGCGGAAACGCAAAGGAUGUUCCUGGCAGCUCUGGAAGCUACCUGUGGCCACUUAGUGGGAGAGGAUUAUAUUUUAUACCCUCUCGACUGGAUUUCCUUCCAGGAGGAGCCGGUGUCAAGGAACCGGGGUCAAGGCUGGAAGGGCUCAGGUUUAGAAGUCAGUUAUAUGUGACAGUCAAGUUGCCGCUCCACUCCCUACUCCCUACUCGCUCCACUCCCUACUUGCAACUUUGGGCAAGUUACAUAACCACCACUACCACCUUCCCGGUUUCUUUCUUCUGUGAAAUGGAGCGUUAGUGCCUCACUAUUGCAAAAACUCAAUAUGUGGACUGCCCUACAUAUAAGCCCUCAAAUGUUAAUUCCCUUCUUCCUCUUGGUCGAAGGCCUGUUACCUUGUACCCUUCUGCUUUAGGAGCCCAAACCUUUAAUGUUUCAGAAGACCGAGAAAAUUACAUUUAUGCAGUGGAUUGUGUUGUAAGCAACUCUCAGGAUGAAGACAAGCUCUGUAGGAAUACACCAUUUAUCAAGGGGCCCAUGAACAGAAUUUUGUGAAAUAUGGAAGCAAGAAACUAACCUGGCUCAGAUCCAUUCAGGUGUUAGAAAACAGCCCCAUGCCUGGAGGUUACGGAGUGAUGGGUGACGAUGGCUCUAUGGAUUACAGUGUUCAUGAGGCCUGGAAUGAAGCCACCAAUGUUUACUUGGUAGUGAUCCUUGUUAGCUUUGUUCUCUUCAUGUAUGCCAAGAGCCACAUGACCCCUGGAGCAGCUGGCCCAUUGACAGCCUGGACUCCAGGGUGGCUGAGAGAAGGCUCCACACACCAUCGCCAGUUUACUUGCAGGAACAAAAGGAAAAUUAUGAGGAUAUUCAGCGUGCCACCUACAGCAGAAACUUUAUCAGAGCCCAGCUUUUAUGACACAAUAAGCAAAAUUCGUUUAAGACAGCAACUGGAAAUGUAUUCCAUUUCAAGGAAGUAUGACUAUCAGCAGCCACAAAACCAAGCUGACAGUGUGCAACUCUCAUUGGAAUGAAAUGACAGAAAAUGAACAACAUAAGUAAUUGUUCAACAGUCUGGUAGCAAGCUCCUAAAUGUACUAAAUCAUGAACAGCAUUUUUUUUAACCCUAUCAUUUUACUUGUGACUUUCUUCCAGUUUUUUGUGUUUUGUUUUGCUUUUUAAAAUUGCAUCACCAAGUCAUUUGUUAUACAAAUUUAAAAAAAAAGUCUCAAAGGCGUGGACACAGAGAAUCUGUACAUCCUUAGGAAGAUAGAAUAUAACCAGAGAUGGUGAUUUUUACCUUGUGGAGACUUUUGAUUUCUUCAGGAUAUGAUCAGUCAGGAAUAAAAAUACAUCUUUGGAGGUGAGAGUAUGGAGCUUAUGCCACUUUGAUUUGAACAGUUUUGCAAAAUUAAAAAGUAAAAAUCCAUUCAUUGGAAUAACAUCCUCGAUUGUAUUCUGUGAUGAAUGUCAUAAUCAAUAAUGGACGCAUUUGUGUUCUCACCGCUGUUAUUACCACACUUGAAUUGAAUUAACUACCUUUGCUUCUUCAGAACUUACACAGGAGACUGUCUUUUCUACUAUCCUCAUGAAACAAACCCAUCUACUAAUUGUGGAAGCUUCCUGUGAUUGGAAUGUUUUCCCUUCAUUGUGUUCCUGGGAGUUUGCCUUUUUUUUUUUUAAUCCCACAGUUUCAUUUCCACCAGAAGAGUUUCUUUGGACCAUACUGCAACCAUGCUGUGGAAUAAAUGGGCACCUCUCUACUGGUGUUAGCAACUUGCUUUUUUGGUCAUGUAACUCUCAAGUUUAAUGUAACUGGAUACUUACACUUUUUUAGCAUAAUAAGCUUCCCUGAAGACUCUCAUAUCUUGUACCAUUUUGUACCAUACAUGGAAGUGUUUUUACCAAAUUUUUCCUAUUUAUUUAAAUAAAAGUUGGUGGGAGAUAGUUGCAGGGAAAUUUCACUGUCCACAUCACUGUCCAAGAAUUAGUUUUUGAAUCAAAGCUAUUCUUAAUUUUAAGAGUUAGAGUUAAUAUUUCAAGCACUGUUUCCUUUUCUCUUUAUUGUGAAGUAAAGAACAUAAAUUUUAAAUGAAAAGGUUUAGACCAAAUAAAAUUAUUGAGGGAAAUUGCAUUUGUUUUUAAAUUUUAUAUUAUUCAAAAAUGUCUAUCUUGUUCAAGGUAAAUUGUUGACUAAAUGGAAUAAUUCUUGACUCACAAAUGAGUUUGAAUGCACUGCUGAUACAUAGAAUAAAAAACUGACUACAGGAUUGUAAACAGUUAUAAUUAUGGGCCGGGAAUAGCAGAGCAGCAGGGGGAUGAUCUCCUUAAACUUUGCUUUGCUCUUAGGAAAACCACCGUAUAUUUCUGUGAGCAGGAAAUGUGAUCAGGAGCAGGAGCAGUUUACUUGUGUCACUGACAUAUUGCACAAUCUGGACAAAUUACAAAAACUGGCUAUUUCGGAUGAUUUGUAAAAAUAGUGUACAUAAAUAAAUGUAAAUCACAAUGAAA